AUCAGGUAGACAAAUCAACCAUGAGACAUACCGUUCUAUGACAACAAUAAACAACAUGGCGAUAUCUUAACCGUUAUAAACAAUUUUAUACAUGGUUCAACCGUCGAUGACGUAAGUAGCCAUGGCUUCCGGAAAAUCAAAAUAUCAGGUAUCAGUGACCAAACUUCACCGUCUUCCUCCGAUCCGCGAGGAAAGCAUGUCUGGUCGUACUCCAAGAAGUGCAAGAAGGACAAAUUCUGACGGCUUAGUGACAACUGAUACUAAAAUAACCGUGCAACCACUAAAUACUAAACCUUCUAUUCAUGUUCGUCCUCUUCCGGGUAAAUCAAGAAAAGUCCAGUUUCAACCGACGGGGCCGCCUCGAAGUGAAACACAAAUUUUAGAUUCCUAUCCUAAAACUGUGUAUAGAGACGCACCCAACGAACCAAUGACAAACACACCUCCACAAAAGAUUAACCCGCAAAAGACUAUAGUAGACGGUUUAGUGGCUGACUAUCUUCAUUAUGCUCAAUACGGACAUAUUAUACCAGUAUACGAAGGCACGGGAACUCUAUCGUGUUCCUGCUGUACAGAUAGAAACCGUGAAAAUGUUAGAACUAUGUUGGGAUUUCCUACUAAUACUUCGAGCAGUAUACCACAUAAAAGUAUAGGUUAUCAACCAAUGGGUCCAAAUCCUAAACCAGACACUUGGCUUACUGGGAGCACCAAACCAACAAUUAGUUCGCAAAGACCAAAUCAAAGUCCACGGUUUGAUGAACUAGACUUUUACGAUUUGUCAAAAACUCCACGUGGUAACAGUCAGAGCAGAGAUAACUGGUUGGAACAUCAACCUAAACCAUACGCUUCUUCUUAUACUAAUGCUGAAUUCAACCGUCCACUCUUAGUUUACAAUCAUUUUAAAGAAAUCAAUAACGAUAACUCUAAAUAUUUUUCAAAUCAAAUUCUUGAUGCGAAUACAAAAUACGACGACGCAAUGAAAAAGUUGGAAAAAUUCUCAUUUAGUUAACAGCAACAUAUGUAGUGUACUCAAUUACUUUUGAGAAUAUUAAAGCUGUACAAUAUUUUAUGUUUACCUUAGUGCUAAUAAAACAUUUUACAUUUGAAUUGCAAUUAUGAAUAAAUUAAGAUUCAAAACAUGAAGUACGGCAAGGACAUAGUUUGCGGUUCUGAGAUGUUUUCGAAUUUGCAAAAUGCGUAUUUGUCUUUGUUCUGUAUUAAGUUUAUCUUGUUUUAUUAUUCAUAAACAUAGAAUUUGAUUUAAACUUUUCAGGUUUUUUUUUCCAUAAAUGUUACAUAAUUGUGAUCAUUUGAUACUUAAUCACCAAACUAUCUGCAUAGUAACUCUGCAGGAAUAUGAAAAUGGAUAGCAUUGGAUGAACAUAUCAGUGGUGGAUAGGGUUAUUAGAUGCAGGUUUCUCUGAAAACAAAUAUAAGAAUGUUGUGCAGUGACAACUUGAAUUUCGUAAAGCGUUAGUUCUCACCGACGUGUUAGGAUAUAUAGUGCUUUCAACUUAAUUUGCUAUGAAGAAUAAGGCGAAAUAAUGGAACGCGAGGUGACAGAACAAAAAAAUUAAAAUAGCCGGAAUAUUUGAAGCGAGAGUGUAGAAAGUAUAACCGUAUUGUCAUGGACAGAGAUUUGAACAAAAAGUCCAGUGAUUAAUCAACAAAUGACUAAAUCAUGAGCCAUAUCAGUGAAAUGCACCAAUAUUCAAGUCAAGUACAAAAAAGUUUUGCUUCGUUUGUAUUUAAUUUAAUUUAUUUUUGUUUUGUUAAACAUAAUUAGAUAUUUAAUUCGGAA